AUGCCUACGUAUGCGCUGCUUGGGGCUACUGGCGGGACAGGAUCAGCCAUUCUUCGCUGCCUCUUGUCCGAGCCUCCGGUGGACCUCACGCUUCGCAUACUCGUGCGAUCUAGAGACAAGCUCUUGGCAUCGUUUCCAGGGCUGGAGCAGUCAACAGUCGUCCAGAUCAAGAUUGUCCAGGGCACUUCGACGGAUAUAGUCGCACUGGGACAAUGUCUCGAAGGCGCCUCCGUGAUCUUCAACGUGGUGGCAACCAACGAAAGCAAGGUCGGGCUCUCUCUGUGCCACGACACAGCGGGGACGGUCAUUGAUACAUUGGAGAGCUUGCAGACCACGAACAAGCAGCAUUAUUCCAAGCCAACUGUGAUCCAGCUACGAAGUGCUUCCCUCAAUCUUGAGCUGAACUCUGGCACGCCAUGGCUUGUCACGCUAUUCCUAAGCUUCUGCUUGCAUUACAUCUACUCCGACAUCGAGCGCGCCAGCCAACUUUAUGAACGCACUGUGCGCAAUCAGCCGGACUUGAUGGACUAUAUUUAUAUUGAUCCGCCAGCACUUCACGGAGCUGGCCGCACAAAGCGCACGGGAUAUGAACUGAUCUCCAAAGGUGCUGCGGUGAAUGGCGUCAGUUAUGCUGAUCUGGGAGCUGCUUUCUGCGAAGUCGCCUCGCGGAAGGACGAGUUUCGUGGCAGAGCUGUCGGCUUGGUUGGUACUGGCAAGAUCGACGAGACGUGGAAGGUGCUGCUGAACUACAACUAUCUCGGAGCCAAGAGCAGGAUCUUUGGCUAG